GGAAAGGAAACUACUAUGUCAUUAUUGAAUGUGGAUCACAAGUGUACAAGAGCAAAAUUUCCAGAGGGUAUCCAAAAGAGAUUUGCUGGAAUCAGAAAUUCACAUUUGAAUUACCAAUGGCAGAUCUGGAAAAAUAUUACCACCUAAAGUUAAAAAUCAUGCAUGAUGAUGUUUUCACAAAUGGAUUUGUGGGCAAAACCAUAGUACACUUGAAGGGGAUAAUCGCAGAGGGAAAUGAGCGUGGAUUUGUUGAAAUGAAACCAAUGCCCCAUAAUGUUAUUCUUGAAGAUGACAGAUAUAAGGGGCAAUUAAAUAUUGGAUUAAGUUUCACCCCCAAG